CUGUGAUCUGUGACCUAGAGGGCCACGGAAACAGGCCUCCUCAGCCGACCUGGCCUCUUUCCCUGCAGAUCUCCCACAUGGAUCCCCACAGAUGGUACGAAGGGAUAUCGGGCUGUCGGUGACUCACAGGUUCUCCACCAAGUCUUGGCUGUCCCAGGUCUGCCACGUGUGCCAGAAGAGCAUGAUGUUUGGAGUGAAAUGCAAGCAUUGCAGAUUGAAAUGUCAUAACAAGUGUACAAAGGAAGCCCCUGCCUGUAGAAUAUCCUUCCUCCCACAACCUAGGCUUCGGAGGACGGAAUCUGUCCCCUCGGAUAUCAACAACCCGGUGGACAGAGCAGCUGAGCCCCAUUUCGGAACCCUCCCCAAAGCACUGACAAAGAAGGAGCAUCCUCCGGCCAUGAACCACCUGGACUCCAGCAGCAACCCGUCCUCCACCACAUCCUCCACGCCCUCCUCGCCGGCACCCUUCCCAACAUCAUCCAAUCCAUCCAGUGCCACCACGCCCCCCAACCCCUCUCCUGGCCAACGGGACAGCAGGUUCAACUUCCCAGCUGCCUACUUCAUUCAUCAUAGACAGCAGUUUAUCUUUCCAGACAUUUCAGCAUUUCCACAGGCAGUCCCAUCCCCUGAUGCGGCAGACAGCACCCGGCUCGACAACCAGCCAAAAGCAGACGUGUUGGAGGAUCACGAUGUGGAGGCCGAGGAGCCAGAGGCCGGCAAGUCAGACGCAGAGGAUGACGAGGACGAGGUGGACGAUCUGCCCAGCUCCCGCCGGCCCUGGCGGGGCCCCAUCUCUCGCAAGGCCAGCCAGACCAGUGUGUACCUGCAGGAGUGGGACAUCCCUUUUGAGCAGGUGGAGCUGGGCGAGCCCAUCGGGCAGGGCCGCUGGGGCCGGGUGCACCGCGGCCGCUGGCACGGCGAGGUGGCCAUCCGCCUGCUGGAGAUGGACGGCCACAACCAGGACCACCUGAAGCUGUUCAAGAAGGAGGUGAUGAACUACCGGCAGACGAGACACGAGAACGUGGUGCUCUUCAUGGGGGCCUGCAUGAACCCGCCCCACCUGGCCAUCAUUACCAGCUUCUGCAAGGGGCGGACGUUGCACUCAUUUGUGAGGGACCCCAAGACAUCUCUGGACAUCAACAAGACCAGACAGAUUGCUCAGGAGAUCAUCAAGGGCAUGGGCUAUCUACAUGCCAAGGGCAUUGUGCACAAAGAUCUCAAAUCCAAGAACGUCUUCUAUGACAAUGGCAAAGUGGUCAUCACAGACUUCGGGCUGUUUGGCAUCUCGGGUGUGGUCCGAGAGGGCCGGCGUGAGAACCAGCUGAAGCUGUCCCAUGACUGGCUCUGCUACCUGGCCCCAGAGAUCGUCCGUGAGAUGACCCCCGGGAAGGACGAGGACCAGCUGCCGUUCUCCAAAGCUGCUGACAUCUAUGCAUUUGGGACUGUUUGGUAUGAACUGCAAGCAAGAGACUGGCCCUUUAAGAACCAAGCUGCAGAGGCCUUGAUCUGGCAGAUUGGAAGCGGAGAGGGUAUGAAGCGUGUCCUGGCCUCCAUCAGCCUGGGGAAGGAAGUCACUGUGAGUAGCUACCUGUUCUUGGGGAAGAAGGGCUGGGGGUUGGGGGGCGGGCACACGGCAGGUAUGCCCUUCUUCAUUCACUCACCUGAGAAAUGGGGCCUGGAGGCAGAAGUAUGCCAGGAGGGCCUCUUUGCUGUGUCCCUUAUUACCCAACUAUUUUUCUUUGGAAAAACCAUUGUCUUAAAAAAUAAAAAAAGACUGAAAAGAAAUAAAGGUCAUGGUUUUAAUUGA